UUUUCCCAAAUCGCAAACUAGAGCGCCACGCAGCCAAAAAUUAGCUUUCUCCUUCACCGACGAAAAUGCCGUACUAUUCCAGGGCAGAUGCCGACGCCGUCGACGACUUCGACGAGUACGAUCCAACGCCAUACGGCGGCGGCUAUGACAUCCACUUGACCUAUGGUCGCCCAAUUCCCCCAAGCGACGACACCAGCUACCCAAUGGGCCAAUCCGCCUCCGACGAGAUCGACUACGAUCGCCCUCACUUCUCGUCCCAGUCGGAGCCCUCUGCCUACGGCGACGAGGCUCUGAACUCCGAGUACAGCAGCUACUCCCGCCCUAAGCCCCGACCUGGUCCCGCUUACGGCUUCCAGCCCGGCGGGGGCAGGCCUGCCGGUGAGUCAGAGCACGGAUCUGGAUACGGUGGGAGGACUGAGAUCGGUGGCGGCGGCGGAUAUGGCGGGAGGACUGAGACCGAGGGCGGUGGAUACGGCGGCGGGAGGACAGAGACUGAAUACGGAUUUGGCGGCGGCGGAUAUGGUGGAAGAACCGAAUCUGAGCACGGAUCGGGUUACGGGCGUAAGCAGGAGUCCGAGUAUGGUGGAUCGGGCUAUGGGCGUAAACAGGAAUCUGAAUAUGGAUCCGAAUACGGCCGUCAGCCGGAACCCGAGUACGGAUCUGGCUAUGGCCGUAAGGAGGAACCCGAAUACGGCCGGCAGCCGGAAUCCGAGUACGGAUCUGGCUAUGGCCGUAAGGAGGAACCCGAAUACGGCCGGCAGCCGGAGCCUGAGUACGGAUCUGGGUAUGGCCGUAAGCAGGAAUCCGGGUACGGUGGCAGGACUGAAUCUGAAUACGGGUCGGGUUAUGGAGGGAGGACGGAGCCCGAGCCCGAGCUCGGAUCUGGUUACGGUCGCCAGACUGAAUCAUCAGAGUAUGAAGGCGGUGGUGGGUCUGAAUAUGGAAGGCGAAAGCAGAGCUAUGGAGAGGAAGGUGAAGGUUAUGAGAGGCGCCAGGAGACGACUGAUUACGGCUCUGGGGGUUACCGCAGACAAGAUAGCUCCGAGAAGCCUGCUUAUGGGAGGCGCCGCAGUGAUGAUGAUGAUGACGAUGAUGAGGAGAAGUCUCGCAGCCAGUAUGGCCAUGGUGGUGGUGAAGAAGGCUAUGGCCGCAAGAAAUAUGGAGAUAAUGACUCUGAGGAGGAUGACGACGAUGAUGAUGAGAAGAAGAAGCAUCGCUAUAAGCAUCAGCACCAUCGCCGCAAUGAUGAUGAUGAAUGAUCGAUUCAUCAGCCCCUGUUAUAUGGAGAACAACACUAUGCCUGCCACGCUUAUCUAUCUACUACUAAAUAACGAAGAGUGUUGAGGAGGCAUGGUUAUUAUCUUGGAUUGUGUAUCAUGGGAGUGUUCUGUACUUCCGUUCGUCAUAUCGGAGUGUGUAUGUGUUGUUUUCCUUUCUUUUCUGAGCUUUUAAACCCUAAGAUCACUCUUAUCAUAUCAAGCUCAUGGGUUGGUGUGCUGCUUCCUACUUUCCUUCCAAACGAGUGUCAAGCUCAUGGGUUGGUGUGCUGCUUCCUACUUUCCUUCCAAACGAGUAUAGGUGUGAAAACAUAGCCCGACCCGAUUAACCCGCCCGAUCAACACGACCCGCAACUCGACCGCAACCCGAAUUGACUAAAAAUCAACAACCCGUAACCCGCCCGACCCGCAACCUGAUUGACCCGCAACCCAACUAACCCGCAACCUGACUAACCCGCAACCCGACCCCGAUUGACCCGCAACCCGACUGACUCGCAACCCGAACCCGAUUGACCCGAACCCGACUAACCCGUAACCCGACCGACUCAACCCGAAUUUCAUCUAAUCCACUUUAAUAAUUAUUAAAAUAUACAAUACAUAGUUUUUCAAAAUAAAGUUUUUCAUUAUAAACUUAAGUAAAUUUA